CUGAAAUCAGUAGCAGCGCCAGCAAAAUUUGAAACUCGCUACAAGCUGGUUCAGUUGCUAUAUCAAGAGUACACUCGCCUGAAUAACGAGCUCAAAAAGACCGCCAAAGACGACGAGAAAAAGCUUGUCCUCACAGACCAGGACCUUAUCUGGAGAACCCUCGACGAAGAGGAGAACAUCGCCACCGAGAAGACCGCCGUCUACUCAAACGUAAUCAAGAACAAAAUCAUGCAGUACAAGAAGAUGACGCUCAUACAAUGGAAGGACGAGAGAGUCGUCCAGCGGCGCCAGCAGACGCAGAAGGGUCCCAACAAGAAGCCUCUCGCUUCACCCAAGAAGAUUGUUACCGGUCUUACCCCGGCUCAGGAAGUUCAGCUUGUCCGUCAUCUCAUCACUCCCAUCGACGGCCUCGCCAAUCACGGCUACGUCCCAUCAGUCCCUAGCGAGGCCGACGUGGAGAAGGCGCGCCAGGGUCUCGAGGCUGCCAAGGGCUGGGAGAAGUGCGAUCGCUGUGAUAAGCGUUUCCAGAUGUUUCCCGGCAGAAGAGAGGAGGAUGGAGCUCUGGCUUCGGGUGGAAGCUGCACUUACCAUUGGGGCAAGACCUACUUCCCCGAGCGCCAGCUUGGCGACAACACCAGACCUCAGAAGCGCUACCGCUGCUGUGGCCAGGCCGUUGGAGACUCGACUGGUUGUCACACCGUCCCUAACCACGUCUUCAAGGCCUCGGACCCCAAGCGCCUUGCUACCAUUCUCAACUUCGCCGAGACCCCUGCCAACCCCAAUGUCCCCUCCGACAGAGCCGUCUGCUUCGACUGCGAGAUGUGCUACACUGUCCACGGCCUCGAGCUUGUCCGCAUCACCGCCACCGCCUGGCCCACCGGCGAGGAGCUGCUGGAUGUUCUUGUCCAGCCCGUCGGCGAGAUUUUGGACCUCAACUCUCGCUACUCUGGUGUUUGGCCUGAGGACAUGGCCACUGCCGAGCCCUGGACCGCCAAGGAAGAGGACCCUACUCCUGCUCAGGCGAAGAACAUGGCCAGCCCCAAGAAGCCCAAGAAGAAGAUGAAGAUCGUCUCCUCUCCCGAGGUUGCUCGCGACCUGCUCUUCUCCCUCAUCGGCCCCGACACCCCGCUCAUUGGUCACGGUCUGGAGAACGACCUGAACUCUGUCAGGAUUGUGCACCCCACUAUCAUCGACACCGUCCUGCUCUUCCCCCACAAGCACGGUCUUCCUUACCGCCAGGGACUGAAGAUGCUUAUGGAUACCCUCCUCAACCGCAAGAUUCAGGUUGAGACGUCUGGAAAGGUUCAAGGUCACGACAGUGCGGAGGAUGCCCGUGCUGCUGGCGAUCUCGUCCGCCUGAAGCUGUCGGAGGAGUGGAAGAGCAUGAAGAUGAAGGGCUGGAAGCUCGUCGGUGGCGAGUUCGUCGCACCUGGAGGAAAAGCCAGGGACGACUUAACCGGCCAGCUGACUUCGGAGUUUUUGGAGGCUGCUGCCCUGUAG